AUGGGGCAGCUGCCGGACAUGAGAGUCACGCCAACAGGCCGUGCCUCCACUCAUACUGGACUCGAUUACUUCGGGCCGAUGACUGUGAAGAUUGGACGCCGCCAAGAGAAACGCUACGGUGCCCUGUUCACUUGCAUGACAGUCAGAGCCAUUCACAUAGAGCUCGCGAGCGACCUGACAACGACGAGCGCCCUAAUGGCUCUGCGACGUUUUAUCGCCAGACGUGGAUGCCCGAAAACAAUAUGGAGCGACAAUGCGACCACCUUCAGGGGAGCUGACCGCGAACUCACGCAAGCCGUACGAGCCAUCGACCGAGACGAGCUUACCCGCUUCAGUAGCCCUCGGCAGAUAGAAUGGAGAUUUAUUGCUCCUGUAGCUCCGCACAUGGGAGGCUGCUGGGAGCGAAUGGUCAGAGCCGUGAAGACUGCGCUGAAAGCCACCCUCAAUACCAGGAUCCCCAGGGAGGACACCCUCACCACUCUGCUGGCUGAGGCGGAAGCAAUCGUGAACGGCAGGCCGCUUACCUACGUCCCCCUAGAUCACAAUGACGACUUACCACUUACGCCUAAUGACUUCCUAAUGCCGAUGACAGACCGGACAGGAAUGACUGCAACUUCCGGAACCUUCAACGACGGGGACCUCCUGCGGCGGUCGUGGCGAGAGUCUCAGAGGCUGGCUGACUUACUGUGGAAGCGCUGGGUGAAGGAGUAUUUACCCACCUUGACAAGGCGCGAAAAGUGGUACCAGUCCUCAACCCCCCUCGCUGAAGGUGACAUAGUCGUCAUAGCCGACAGCCAGUCACCUCGCAACCUGUGGCCGCGAGGAAGAGUAGUGAAGACUUACCCAGGACGUGACGGACAGGUCCGAGUGGCAGACGUCCAAACCGGUCAUGGACUGUACCAGCGACCGGUGACUAAACUAUGUAGACUUGACGUGAGACCGACGCAGGAUUGA